AUGAGCAGUGAAUUGGACGAAAGCAGUGUCACGGUACCAACCGAGAUUUACAGCUUGGCCAACAACAGUAAACAACCCAAUGGCACAACCAGUACCACCAACUUGACAACAUUGACGAAUGACAAGAUUUUGGAGCGAGCCUUUGGGUCCCUGGCGUGUUCCGAAACAGUCCGGCUGGGAUUGGACCACGACGAAGAACAACUGUUCGAUACCCUCCUCAACACCACAUUGGCCUAUGAACGAGGAGAGAUUUCCUUGGAUGACGACAAAAGCAACAGCAAUGACAAAGACGACAAAACAGAGUCGCUCCAAAUCCGAGUGGCGGGUGGAUGGGUGCGGGACAAAAUUCUAGGAUUGAGAUCCCACGAUGUCGAUAUCACUGUGGACAAAAUGAUGGGAGUUCAAUUUGCCACUCUCAUUCAAAAAUAUCUACUAUCACUCCCUCUCUCGCACCCUGCACGGUGUCAAUCCAAAUAUCCCAAAAUGGGUGUCAUUGCCGCCAAUCCAGAACAGUCCAAACAUCUAGAAACCGCCACCAUGAAAGUACACAACAUUGAUAUUGACGUGUGUCAUUUGCGAGCCGAAGAAAUAUAUCAGGAAAAUUCCAGAAUACCCACCGUGUCCAUUGGGACGCCACUGCAAGAUGCCCAACGACGAGAUUUUACACUCAAUGCCAUGUUUUACAAUUUGAAAACCAAACUGGUAGAAGACUGGACCCAACGAGGGAUGCAAGAUUUGCGACAUCGACGAUUGGUCACACCCUUGAAUGCCGAAACAACCUUUCAGGAUGAUCCAUUACGCGUCUUGCGGGCCAUUCGCUUUGCGGUGCGUUAUCAACUCGAGUUGGACGAAGGAUUGAAAAAGGCUUGUAUGUUGCCCAUCAUUCACAAGGCACUCCAAGUCAAAGUCAGUCGAGAACGAGUCGGAAAAGAACUCGAGGGUAUGUUGUCGGGCAAGGGGGCCAAUCCGCAAAAGGCACUGGAAACCAUUGGACAAUUGAAAUUGGCCGGAUGUGUCUUUUGCUUUCCCGCAGCCGGAGAAGUCAUCAACAAGACACAGACAUCGGCAGCGCACGGACAACUCAUGGGACACGAGUACAAUACUAAACCAGAGACGACGUCCAUUCAGGAAUUGGAACAGUUGCGAGAAUUGGGGUGGGAAGAAUCGCAACGGCUCUUGGCAUUCUUACCGCCCUUGUACCAACUCGCGGAACAACAAUUGCCUCCUACAACGUCGUUCAUUGACAAACGAUUGUUCCCGCUGGCCGUCUUUUUGUUGCCCUUUCGAUUCUUAAAGUACGAAGAGAAAAAGACGGGCAACAGCAACAGUCUCCCAAAGGAAUUUCCCCUCACAAUGUUCAUGUUUCGAGAAUCCAUCAAAUUCAAAAACAAAGAUGUCCAAAGCAUUUCCGUCCUCAUGGAGAAUGUCAGCUCCAUGGUCAAGUUCUUGACUGAGUUGGCAGAACAGCAACAGGUGGCGGGAGCAGAGCAAGCAGAGGAUGCCUUGCAAGUGUGCCGAUUAGAAGCAGGGUUGAUCCUGCGAGCGACGAAAGAGUUGUGGGUCACAACACUCUUUUUGGCGGCAUUGAUCAAAAUGCGGGAACAACAACAGCAGCAACAAUCAAAUACUGAUGAUGAUGGCGCCACUACUGCAACUACUACGAAAGUGGACUGGUUGAAGCUCACUGCAGCGGCAUACAAGACGAUUCUGGAACUAAACUUGGAGGAAUGUUGGAAGGCCAAGCCGUUGUUGAAUGGCAAGGCAGUUGUGGAAGCUUUGAAACUGCCGCGAGGGCCCAUCAUUUCGACUUACUUGGAAGAACAGGCACGUUGGAUGCUGCUAAACCCUGACGGCACCAAGGAGGAAUGCGAAGCUCACCUGCAUUCCGUCAAGCGACAGCGAGAUGCGGACGCCAGUGAUGAUGGCGGUGGCGGCAAUCCUCGUGGACAGCAUCCACGGCUCAAGUAG